AUGGCGCUGCGGCCGCUGGGGGAGGCCGGCCCCCCGGACAAGGUGUGCUGCCCGCCCGAGAGGCUCCCGGGCAGCCCCCAGCACCUGGCCGCCUACUACGCCUCCUUCCCACCCUAUGGACCGUACGGGAGCAGCCUGGCCGCGGCCGAGGAGAACUACCAGCCCUUCGCGGUGCCCGCGGUGCCCGCGCCCCCGGCCGUGCCCGCCUUCGAGAAACUGUGGUCUGAAUGUCUUCCUCAAACUCUGGACCAAGACUCCCUCCAGCUACCCGAAGGUCUCUGCCUCAGGCAGAUGCUGCUGGGUGAAGUCCCACACUUUGGUGUGUUCUGCUGUAGCCUCAUUUCCAAAGGAGUCAGGUUUGGGCCCUUUCAAGGUAAAGUGGUCAACGCCAGUGAAGUCAAGACCCACGGCGACAAUUCUCUGAUGUGGGAGAUCUUUGAAGAUGGUCGUUUGAGCCACUUUAUAGAUGGGAAAGGAGGUGCAGGGAACUGGAUGUCCUAUGUCAACUGUGCCCGUUUCCCCAAGGAGCAGAACCUAGUUGCAGUGCAAAGUCAAGGGCAGAUAUUUUAUGAGAGCUGCAAGGAGAUCUACCAGAACCAAGAGCUCCUUGUGUGGUAUGGAGACUGCUAUGAAAAGUUUUUGGACAUUCCUGUGAGCCUUCAGGAGACUGAGCAGGGGAAGCAGGCAUCUGGGCCCUCUGAAGAGUCUGCAGAAGGGUACAGAUGUGACCGAUGUGGGAAAGUGUUUACCUACAGAUAUUACAGAGAUAAGCACCUCAAGUACACCCCCUGCGUGGACAAGGGUGACAGGAAAUUCCCCUGCUCUCUCUGCAAACGGUCCUUCGAGAAACGGGACCGGCUCCGAAUCCAUAUCCUCCACGUUCACGAGAAGCACCGGCCUCACAAGUGUUCCACGUGCGGGAAAUGCUUCUCUCAGUCUUCCAGCCUAAACAAGCACAUGAGAGUCCACUCUGGAGACAGACCCUACCAGUGUGUGUACUGUACUAAGAAGUUCACCGCCUCCAGCAUACUCCGCACACACAUCAGGCAGCACUCGGGGGAGAAGCCCUUCAAAUGCAAACACUGUGGCAAGUCGUUCGCAUCCCAUGCUGCCCACGACAGCCACGUCCGCCGCUCUCACAAGGAGGACCAGGGCUGUUCUUGAAGCAUCUGCGGGAAAACCACAGACCAAGAUGCCCUGUAUCCCCACAUGAAGUUUCAUGAAAACUGCUAG